CGAGAACCAUUCACGAAGCUGAAAACACGAGGAGAAUCAGAUACAAAUUUGACUUCAAACAUCUCUCGGAAAUUUACCCUUGAGGGGUUAUGACCAAACGGCGCCGAGGCGGCAUUCUAGAUGUCAAAGACUAUAUAUGUCUUGCGGACGACGCUCCUCCUAUGGUCUGAGUCUCCUAACACCAUAUACACUCUUUUCAAUUUCGAUCUUUCCAAAGACCGUCCACUCGUUCAGACUAUAUUUGAUUUCAUCCAUUCCAUUCGCUCAUUUACAACCAUCCAUCAAGAUGUACAAGCUUGCACACAUCCUUUUCCUCGCCCCUGCCGCUCUUGCCGGCCUGGUCACUCCGCUUCAUGAGCGUGAAACCGCCUGUGAGGCGCCUUUGACCCUCUGCGGCUCUACCUGCAUCGGUCCCCUCGAUGUCUGCUGCCCUGCUGCUCCCAACGGUGAAAUCAUCGGCUGCAGUAGUACUGAUAACUGCUGGAUCAACCCGGACAACUCCCCCGGUUGCUGCCCUCUCUUCCGCACCUGUGCUGGUCAGAAGGCUGGCAGUGGGGUGUUCCCGACUCUUCCCAGUGUCACUCUUCCUACUGCUACUCCCGUUAGUCCGCCUCCCACUAUCAGCAGCGAGCCUCCUCAGCAGACCACCACUGUUAGCAGCUCCUCCAUUGCCACUAUCUCGACCGUAAAGUCCGUCACCCCGCCUUCUUCCGUUCGCCCUAGCAGCACCAAGCCUGUCAAGAGCUCGACUCCCUGUGUUUCGGCUUUGGCAUCUGCUUCUGCUACUGGCUCUGGUUCGGGUUCCGGCUCUAGCUCUGGUUCUGGCUCGGGAUCCCACUCUGAGUCCGGCUCUGCUUCCGCUUCGGCUUCUCCUCUGUUCAACGGUGCUUCAUCUUCCGGCGGCAUCUCGAUUGGCGGAAUCCUGGGCGCUGUGGCUCUGGGAUUCCUCUUGUAGGUGCUUAUGGCUGACACAGGGAUUCUGUGAUAUGACAGUACAAGAGCAAAGGUGCCCCCUGGUUUGCUAUUGCCCUUAUAACUUGAAUAUAGUUAUAGAGUCUCC